CACAGUCCCACCGAAAAGAUAGUACCUAGGUAUCCACAAUGGCAAGCCUCCGAAUACUAGCUCACCCUACCAAUAACAACUCCACUCUCUCCUCUCCCUCCUUUGCAUGCUCCUUCUCUCAGCAGAAGCUUCACCGCCACCUUCCUCCCCCUUGUAAGAGUCCCAAACCGCCCCGUCGCAAGAUGAUCUCGUGCAAAUCUGAGAAGAGCCGAGGCAUCGAUCGCCGCGACCUACUUCUGGGCGUCGGCGGUCUCUACGGUGCCGCCGCGGGGCUCGGCCUCGACCGCCGAGCCGUCGGCGCCCCUAUCCAGGCUCCCGACAUCUCAACUUGCGGGCCGCCUGCCGACCUCCCCGCCACAGCCCCGCCGACGGAUUGCUGCCCGCCGUACCAAUCCACCAUCGUGGACUUCAAGCUGCCCCCGCGCUCCGACCCGCUCCGCGUGCGGCCUGCGGCGCAGUCGGUCGACGCCGACUACCUGGCCAAGUACAAGAAGGCGGUCGAGCUCAUGAAGGCCCUGCCGGCCGACGACCCGCGCAACUUCGUACAGCAAGCGAAAGUGCACUGUGCGUACUGCGACGGCGCGUACGACCAAAUCGGCUUCCCCGACCUCGAGAUCCAGGUGCACAGCUCGUGGCUCUUCUUUCCCUGGCACCGGUUCUACCUCUACUUCAACGAGCGCAUACUCGGGAAGCUCAUCGGCGACGACACGUUCGCGCUGCCGUUCUGGAACUGGGACGCGCCGGGGGGCAUGCAGAUCCCGGCCAUCUACGCCGACGCUUCGUCCCCGCUCUACGACAAGCUGCGCAAUGCGAAGCACCAGCCGCCGACUUUGGUCGACCUCGACUACAACGGCACCGACCCGACCUUCACCCCUGAGCAGCAGAUCGCCCACAACCUCACCAUCAUGUACCGACAGGUGAUAUCCGGCGGGAAGACGCCGGAGUUGUUUAUGGGCGCGGCGUACCGCGCGGGCGACGCGCCAGACCCGGGCGCAGGCACUCUAGAGCUCGUGCCGCACAACACGAUGCAUUUGUGGACCGGCGACCCCAACCAACCCAACGACGAAGACAUGGGCACGUUCUACGCGGCGGCGCGGGACCCCAUCUUCUUCGCCCACCACGGCAACGUCGACCGCAUGUGGUACGUGUGGCGGAAACUCGGGGGCACGCACCGCGAUUUCACCGACCCCGACUGGCUCAACGCGUCCUUCCUCUUCUACGACGAGAACGCGCAGCUCGUCCGCGUCAAAGUAAAGGACUGCUUGAGCGCCGACGCGCUGCGGUACACGUACCAGGACGUCGACAUCCCGUGGAUCAGUGCGAAGCCGACGCCGAAGAAAACACCGGGGGGCGCUGCGCCUUCCACGACAGAGGCUAUAUUUCCGGUGGUGCUGGAUAAGCCGGUGAGCUCUACGGUGGCGAGGCCGAAGACGGGGAGGAGUACUGGGGAGGAGGAGGUGUUGGUGGUGGAGGGAAUCGAGCUGGACAAGGACGUGGCCGUGAAGUUCGACGUGUAUAUAAACGCGCCGGACAACGAAGGGGUGGGGCCGGAGGCGAGCGAGUUCGCGGGGAGCUUCGUCCAGGUGCCGCACAAGCACAAGAAGGGGAAGAAGGAGAAGGCGAGGAUUAAAACGACGCUCAGGCUCGGGAUAACGGACCUGCUCGAGGACAUCGGCGCCGAGGACGACGAGAGCGUGCUCGUCACGCUCGUGCCGAGGAUAGGCGAGGGGUUGGUCAAGGUUGGUGGGCUAAGGAUCGAUUUCUCCAAGUGAUCAGCAGCAAAUUAACUAUACAUGAAAGUAAAAAAAAUUGCAUUUACCUACCUAUAGAAGAGAAUAAAUGCGUAUGUAAUCUGCCCCAUUUGUCACUUUUAAUUUCUCGAGCGUGUGCUGAAUGAGAGUUGCAUGCAUGCGCGCAGCCAUAAUGCCUGGUAUAGUGUAGUAGUUUAGGCGUGGAUACGUAUAACGUACGUAUGCAUGUAUAAGGAAUAAUGAUGAGUUUACUAUGCAAAGUUGCGUGGUGCAAUAGAUAUUUAAGAUAUGUUUCACGUA